AUGUUUGCGCGCGCUUGGUCCGUCGCGGCUGCAGUAGCGAUGAUGUUGACGAUGGCUGUGAAUGCGAUGACGGUGGUGACCACGGCGAUGGCACUGAUGACGACGACGACCGCGGUAUUCGGUGCGGUGACGCUGGACAGUGUGGCCGUCCGACUGGGCCUGCCCGAGGGCCGGGGACUGUCCGGAGUGUGCCUGUACAGAAACGGGCCGGACAAACGGCGGCACGUCAUGUUCAAAUCUGUGGCGUCGGCGCGCAAGAAAUACGGGGGCGGCGGCGAUUACAUGGUAGCCGGCGACCUGGCUGCCGACCGGGUGUACGAGGGCACGUUCGCCCGGCUAGUCGACGGCGACCAGGUGGCACGGUUCGGGUGCGACGGCGGCCGUCGGUUCGAGGUGGCCACGCCAUUCGUGGUCCCGGAAUCGGAUCUGGACACUAUUCUGGCAGUCAAAGAGUCGAUGGAACAGCGGUUCGGCGCUCAGCCAUCCCGACGGGAUCCGCACCGGUCGGUCACCGCGGAACACAUGUCCGUGACGCUGCGUGGUCUGCGCCCGUCGUUCGCAGAAACCGGGAUCGACGCCGCCGCCGCAAUCACUGUAGACGUGUUUCAGCUGUACAAGAAACCACCGCCGGCCGCUAGUGACACGUGGGACACGGCUGCAAAGCAGGUCGGGGGCGUUCGGUAUUCGGCGUACCCGUAUGCCAGGUACGCGCUCCGGUAUCCGGUCAGCGACCUAGUGUUAGCUGACCUGCCGCCCGACCAAAUGUUGGCCGUCAAGUUCCGACGUUCGGCCACCACCUCCGCCGUUCCCAUGCAGCAGCAUCAGGCCGACCUGCACGCGAACCGAACCGAUAACGCCAUUUUCAUAUACACCGGCGGCCUCUAUCCUCGCGGUACCGCCAACCUGACCGACAUGUUGGACGAACGCAGUGCCGGCAGUGGUGGCAAGUAUACCGACGAGGCUGACGUGGACACUGCGGCCACCUCGUACCAAAUGGACGCCAAGCAAGCUCACAGCGACUCGUAUGAUAUAAUCAAAAACACAGUGAAAUGUUUCACAGACGGUAUGGUUUACAACGGAUAUCCUUGUCGGAAUUCUGAUGUCUGUAUACCUUUGGGCUGGUUAUGUGAUAGUCAAAAAGACUGUAUUGAAGGCGAUGAUGAAUACAACUGUUACAAUACAGUAGAUACAAAUGCCGGAGAAAGUACUAACAGUUUGUACAACAAUAAUGACAAUUGGUAUUAUAGCCGUGGUACUUGCAAGAAGUUUGAAUUUCGGUGUCGUUCUCGAAGAAUGUCCGUCUGUUUACCCAAUUCUUGGUUAUGUGAUGGACGAGUAGAUUGUGAUGACGGAUGGGAUGAAAAUGAAUUCAAUUGUGGCCGAACAUAUGGUGGACUAAGACCAGGACUUGGUGACUUCAACGCUCGAGAAGACCAAACGUGUAUAAACAAAAAUAAUUUUAAAUGUUGGCAAGGAACAGGAUGCGUAGGUCUCCGUGCAGUCUGUGAUGGGAUCAAAGACUGUGCCGAUGGAUCUGAUGAACGUGUAUGCGACAACUGGAGUUCACAGUGUAAUCAAUUUACAGAAUUUAGGUGCUUGAAUAAAUUUAAUACAUAUAAUGCACGAAGUUGCAUACCACGGCAAUGGGUAUGCGAUCUACAAGACGAUUGCCCCCAUGGGGAAGAUGAAACAGUUACCAGUUGCUUAGGAAUGGAUCACCCAACAUUUAAUGGUUUGGAAACUGAUAUUGAGGAUUUUUAA